CAGGCCUCGGGCCCGCCCCCUCACGGCUCGCGGCCGCCCCGGCAGGGGGCCAGUCUAGGCUGAGGGGCGAGCACGUCAUUCGCUGCCGCUCGGGACCGGGAGUCAGGCGGCCGCUGCGGAGAGACGCCGGGGAGCGCAGCCGCGGCCAGGAUUCCAUCACUUUUUUUAAAAGAUGGGAAAUGUGGAAAGCAGUUGCUAUGAGAACCACCUUUCAAGGUUCCUUCCUGAGGAAAAGACAGAUAUCGAUGGAGUAUUUGAUACCUUAUCUGGGUCGGAUGGAUCGGGAGGAAUAAAGAUUGAAAAAGCUACCAGAAAAGCUGUGAGCCUGGCAAUGUUAAAGGCCCAUGCCCAGGAAGCAUUACCAGAGCAAAUGACCUUGAGGCUAUACAAUGGAAUGAAAAGUGUCGACCUGACUGGGAAGUCACCUGGCUCAAGUGAACAGAUUGUUAAGGAGCAGUUCAUAGUUUUUAUGUCAGCCCUUUUAAAAGGCAACGUAGAGGAGAAGAGUAGCAUAAUAAUGAGAAUGAUAUCUAGUACCGAAGGGCCUGUGAAGGGAAAACAAAUCCAAGAGUUCACAGAGGAUCUGAUCACUUCUGUAGUCCAUGUACUGAGAUACAGGAAUCUGCUGAAGGGCUGGAAUCUGGAGAUGACUCAAGAUCCUGCCAGUGGAGUAAAGGCUCUGGCUUCUCAGCUGUUAUCAGAACUGAAACUUGAAGAUGGGAAGAAACUCGUGGGACCUCCUCUCAUGGAUGCCAUGUGUGAUCAAAGUACCAUUGAGAACUGGGUGUUCCAAGUUCCACAGAUCUCUACUUUCCUCAGUGUUAUCAUCAGGCAGGGGCUCCUUGUCCUGCAUUCACUCCCAGAUCAGGCUAACGACCUAGUCAAAUUGGUUCCAAAGUGCAAGGGCAUCAAAGGAAGAGGAUUUGUUAGUCUUCUUGACAUCCCAUCCAUCAUAUACAUCAACUCCCACCUGCCCUCGGAACUACAGCACAAGUGGAGGCUUUUGUUUUCUUCUCGGGUUCACGGAGAAAGUUUUUCACAGGUCUGUGGGCAAAUCAUAAACCAGGGUCCCUGUAUAUUGGUCUUAAAGGACUUGGAUGGGUAUAUCUUUGGUGGGUUUGCAUCAGACUCAUGGGAAGUUAAACCACAAUUUCAAGGUGACAACAGAUGCUUUUUGUUCUCCGUUUCUCCCUCUCUCAUGGUGUACACGUACACUGGAUACAAUGACCACUACAUGUAUUUGAAUCACGGGCAGCAAACUAUCCCAAAUGGACUCGGCAUGGGAGGACAGCAUGAUUACUUUGGGCUCUGGAUAGACAGUAACUAUGGGAAGGGACACAGCAGAGCGAAACCUACCUGUACCACCUUCAACAGUCCUCAGCUGUCAGCUAAUGAAAACUUUACGCUAGAUGCCAUGGAGGUGUGGGCAGUGGGAGAUCUCCCAGAAAGCGCAGUGAUAAAGGGUAAGAAGAGCAUCCUCGAUACAGACCCCGAGGCUCAGGCCUUGUUAGAAAUGACUGGAAAAAGUCGUCAGAGCGAUGGUUUGCGAGAGCAGAUUGAAGAUGAUGACGACAACUAAGAUGACCCAUGUGACUUGGAUCGCUCUGCUUGAUCCCAUCAAGUGCUGAUAUUCCUUGGACAGGAUAUUUUCUCAUUUGUUUCCACUUGUAUAAUUAGCUGAAACAAAAAUACAGUGUAAAGAGUACUAGCGUAGUAAGUCCAGGAAGAUGUCAUGACUGCAUGUGGUUUCUUUUGGAAGAGUGGGAAUUUAGAUAGCUGGCUAAGUCCUGGUUGUAGCUGGAAAUAAAUUUGAUAGCAUUUGCAAUAGGUUCAUUUUCCUCUUUGUGUGCAGAUAUUAAGCACAAAUAUUAUUAUUGCUGCUUAGUCACCUGGCGUAUUAACUGUUACUAUAUAUAGAAUUUUAAAGAUGUCAAGCUUUUGAUACCUCAGCUGAAAAUAAUUCCUUGCAUGCAGUGAAAUCAGCUUCAUUAUUUAAAUGUCUAUGCAGUGUACAAAUUGUUAUUUUAAAAUGAUAUCUGUAGAACCGUCCAGUUCAGUCUUUAUAAAGGGUGGGCUUCAUUUGAUUUGCUGCUGUAAAAGCUGCUUCAAAUUAGGAUCUAUUUCUAAGCUCAGCUUUUCCAUAAAUUACGGUAUAUGGAUUGUACGCAGAAACAUAGAACUCUGGAUAUACUGCAUCCAGUUCUGCACUGACUUAUGCUAGACUUCAUUUGAGUGAAAUUUCACUUAAUUAAUAAGCCAGCACAGAAUUUGGCCCUUUGUAAAAUAGUCUUUGUGUCAUUCAGGGAUUCAACCGCAAAGACUCCUAUCAGUGGGCCCAGUCCUGUGGUUCUUACUCAGGCAUAACUCCCAUUGAAGUCAAUGGAAAUUCUCUUGGAAAAUGCCUUCAGAGGUAGUCUCGCUUGAGACUGGAGUGCGCGAUUACGCUAUAAGGCAUCAGACAGCUAAAAUCCGAUACAAAUGCCUUAAAAAUGUUGGAGUUAAUGUCUAUAACUUGAAAAUAUUUUCUAAUUACAGAUUUUGUUGCAAUGAAAUCAAUGAUCACUAAUUUUUAAAAAAAUAUGUUGACCUCUGAUACACUACCUUUUUUUUUUUUUUUUUGCUCCUUCUCUGUCAUUUACAACACUCGUCUGCUGGUGAGUAGCUACAAUCAGUCACAUUCAGGGCUUUUUUCUACUAGAAUCCAUUGGUAGCUAUCAAUAUUUCAGUACCUGGAGUAUUGCUAACCCUCUAGCUAUGUAAUUUACUUGCCAACAAACCCACUUCUACUGAGAACUAGAAUUUUCACCCCAGCAAGUGACAUUGGGAAUUGAAAAUCAGUAUUUAUCUCUUUAUUGAUAUGUAUAACUGAGGAAUCUUUCUCCCAGUAAAGCAGAAGAUCACAUGAAAGCAUCUUUGUAUUAGACUGGAUUCACUAUCAUAUAAAGGGUCUAGGUUUUCACUGUUGACACUGCAUGGUGCACAAAAUAUACUUUAACAGUGUAUAUGGUCAUUUACUACUUUGAUCAGGUUCCAAUGAACUCUAAUGCCACCCUGAAAGUAUUUUCUGGUGUACCCUUAGCUAUCUGGUGCUUCUUCAUUGGGUGCCAAAGUAGGACAUUCAAAUUAGCUUGUAUUUGUGACUUCGCUUUAUAUGUGAGAAGUAGGUGGUAUUCAUGAUUACUAUAUAUAAAUUAUUGUUGAAAGGGGAACAUGGACAAAUCCCUCCUCCUGUAGACCCUGGUAAUCAUCUAUGCAUUUUAUACCCUACCCAUAAUAAUGGUUAGCGCAGGGGUCGGCAACCUCUGGCACGCGGAUCGCCAGGGUAAGCACCUUGGCGGACCGGGCCAGUUUGUUUACCUGCCACGUCGGCAGGUUCAGCCGACCACGGGUCCCACUGGCUGCGGUUCACCGUCCCAGGCCAAUGGAGGUGGCGGGAAGCAGUACAGGCGAGGGAUGUGCUGGCCGCGGCUUCCCCUGGGUUAGCGUAUAUGUGGUACCUAUUCGUCAGUAUAUGUUGGGAAGGCCUAAGCUAAUAUGUGUUUAUCUAAAUGAUCAAGUUAGGUUCCAGAGUCUUAAAUGUGCUCAAAAUUCUGUAUUGAGUAAUUAUACUGAAAUUUUUACACAAUUGUUUUGUCCUCUGAAUGUUUUUAUAAUAAUUUUUAAAUAUGUAGCAGAACUACUGUAGAAAAUAAAUUAAUAAAUGUAUUUGGUUC